UUUGAAAAGAACAUCAUACGCACACGACAAUUACAAUAUAUCCAAGCACUGGCACUAUUUAUCCAUACUGGGUUGUGGAGUGGAGAUAAACGCAAGAUGGAGAUAUCAGAAGCGAUCGUAGGAUGCUUGAUCCAAAUGCUGCGAUGUGGCGGUCAUUAUCGUUACUCUAACUACAGUGAUAUUGCUCCUUCUUCUGAGGACACCGGAGGGAUUCUUGAAGCGAAAUGGCAAGACUGGGUCAGAGAAGAGUCGUUCAAGAGUAUGGCACAUGCAGGUGCAUUGCUCAAAGGAGUCCUUGGUCACUGGAAAAAGACCCCCGGUUGCAUGUGCUGA